AAGCCCCGGCUCGGAGACCAGGCUGACUGAAGAUGAGCGAAUCCAGCGCCAAAUCCAGCCAGGCCCUGACAUCCAAGGGGGACAAGGACACAGCGGAGAAGAGGGGCCGGGGCCGGCCCAGGAAGAAGCCGCAGGAGCCCAGCGAGGCGCCCACCCCCAAGAGGCCGCGCGGACGACCCAAGGGCAGUAAAAACAAGGCCACCCCCAAAGGCAGGAAAGCGGCAGUCACACCAGGGAGAAAACCUCGAGGCCGACCCAAAAAAUCGCAGCAGGAAGAGGAGGCCGAGGAAGACGGGGAGCCAUCGGCGCUCUCCGCCGGCCCUUCCGCAGGGAAGCGGCGAACGUUCUCCACGGCGCGGAGCGACAGGACGAGACUGACACCGGACCUUUUCCCGGGACACGCGCGGUUCUCCGGCCGGGGGUCGGUGCACUAA